AGGUUCCCAUGAUAUUGCUUCACAACGCCAUCGCAAAGGGUGCCGGGCCAGAGUGCAAGAUCAUCUGCUGCCAGCCCCGUAGAGUUGCUGCGGUUUCCCUCGCCAAACAAGUGGCCCACGAGAGAAAAGAUAGGGAUGGGAAGUUCAUCGGGUAUCAUGUUCGAUUUGAAAGCCGAUUUCCCAGAAUUCGCCUUCCGUCUUGGACUCACUCUCUCAUAUCGUCCUCGAUGAAGUUCAUGAACGAGAUAUCCAAAUCGAUUUUCUUAUGCUUCUGUUGAAAAGGUACAUUGGCCAACGUCAGGCCAUAGGUGCAAAUGUGCCUAAAGUCGUCGUGAUGAGUGCCACUCUCGAUAUUGAUCUUUUUGCUUCUUAUUUUCAGAAUAGAUCAAGCGAUGGAAAUCUCAUGCCGGCUCCACACGUCAUCAUCCCAGGUCGCACAUUUGCAGUCCGCAAACAUUAUCUCCAGGAUGUCCUUGAUUCUCUCUCGCGGGUCUACUCUGCAGAUGUUCUGGGAUCGUUGCUUAAUGAAGAAUCAGAAAUGAAGUAUUAUCUGGACCGGUGUAAGGUUCAGCUUCAUACCAAUCUACCCAAACCAGAAAACCAAGGGAGUUCCCGCGAGCAAGAAGACUCUGAAAAAGCUGUUUCCAAAUCACCUAGCGAUAUAAUCCGCGAAGAAGACUCUUUUGUGCCUCUUGGCUUGAUAUGUGCGGUUAUAGGCUACAUCUUCUCGACCACCAAAGGUGGCUCUAUAUUGAUCUUUCUACCCGGCAUACGCUACAUAAACGCUGUCACGGAUUUUCUUCGAAAGUACGAAAGAUUACUGGGGUUUGACUUUUCGGAUGAAGCACGAUUCAAAAUUUUGCACUUGCAUUCAAGUCUUCCAGAGGGCCAGGUGGAGCUUCUUGGUUCGGUUCCGUCUGGCUGUCGACGGAUUAUUCUCUCAACAGAUAUCGCCGAAACAUCCAUUACUGUGCCAGACGUCAAAUUUGUGAUUGAUCCGGGCAAAUCGCAUCAAAAUGUCUAUGACCCGCAGUCGAGAUAUAACCGGCUCGCUUGCUCUUGGAUAAGCCGAUCUAGCGCUGCUCAGCGCGCUGGGCGUGCAGGAAGAGUCCAGGAAGGAGAAUACUUCGCCCUGUUUACCAAAGAGAUGCACGAAUCCAUGCGUAUUGACAGGACCCCAGAAAUUGUCCGCAGUGACCUUCAAAGUGCCUGUCUGCUCGCAAAGAAGCUUGCUGAUAUUCCUGCUCGCGAGUUCCUGCUCGGGUGCAUCCAACCGCCGCCAGAUUCCCUGGUGGAACUGGCCGUGAGAAAUCUGCAGGCAUUGCAAGCACUGGACGAGCAGGGGAAUAUCACGGCACUUGGUAGGCUUCUUUCGGGGCUGCCUUUUGAUCCAUCUUUGGCAAAGCUGGUCUUGCUAGGAAUUAUUUUCCGCUGCUUAGAUCCACUUCUUAUCGUCGCAUCGUUGGGAAGUGAAAUGGCCUUGAUGGAUUUGACACCACUCUCUGAGCAACGCAAGGAAGCUUUGAAGAUUCGGCAAGAGUACUCGCGGAAUACCUGGAGUGACCACAUGAGUAAUAUCAACCUCUUCAAGGCCACACGGGACAUAUAUUUCCAAAAGGGGCACCGGCCAGCUUUCGAGUUUGCCAAGUCUCACUUUAUACAAUUCACAAAGUUCAUUGAGGGGCUGAAGGUGGGCCAACACGUAGUGACAUUCCUGCGUAUCAACGGACAUCUUCCCCCUAGUUCUGGUGGUGAUACGAUUCAAUUUGGGGGCUCUGAGCUUAAUAUGAACUCAUGGCGGAUUCCUCUCAUCAAAUCCUUGUUGCUUCAUACUCUGUACCCCAACCUGGCUGCUCCUCUAUUAGUACCGAAGCGCUAUCGCACCGAGAAGGAAGAAAAAGUGGCCUUGAAUAACACCAGUGUGAACUCGAAUUUGAGUACAGACAGCUUGCUUUUCUUCCAGCGCAAGAAACAGUCUAUAUUUGAUGGAUUUUUCCUCAUGCAUGACACUUCCCAUGUGACACCUCUGGCCGCAUCUCUGUUUGGUGGGCGACUCCAGGCGAUCGAUGGUAGAAUAUACGUCGAUUCCUGGCUUGACUUUGAGAUCAAGGUCAGCGGAGGGCCAAUGGAGAUACAGCACGCGGCCAAGGUUGUGAUCGAAUUCCGAAAGGCACUGGACAAGGCUCUCAUGGCGGCUUUCGAAACCUUAGCAACCAGCGAACGCGGCUUUCACGCUGGCCAACCAAUGUAUUUUCCCAACAUGACUCGCGAUGUGAUCUUCAACACCCUUUCAAAUACAAUUAUCGACGUUCUUGACCGAGACUUUGAUCCUGAGUACACCAGGAAGCGAAUCACUGCACCAGCAAAGUGGGAACCACUACGAAAGCCUUCUCCUUCAUAGAACCACAUCGCAUUCGGUUGGAUUUGGUUAUAAUUUUCUCGUUAUAUAUCUCUACUAUAUGGGCAAAAGGAUAGACUAGCAAUCACUGCAACAUGUCCAUUUCUAAAAGCGAAUCAGACAUCAUUCUGAAUCGAGCCAAUGUCGCAUUGGCGCGAAGCCAACGCCUCGUAGCCUCCUGGCUCCCUCCCAAGACCGAAGAUGAAUUAACAAACAUCAAAACCGAGGAGGAAUUACAAAAAG